AUCACCAUGGCAAUGGGACAGAAGUUGAUGAGGGCGGUUCGAGUGUUUGAAUUUGGUGGACCAGAAGUGCUGAAGCUCCAGUCCAAUGUGGCGGUUCCCAUCCCAAAAGGCCAUCAGGUUCUAAUCAAAGUCCACGCCUGUGGUGUCAACCCAGUAGAGACUUAUAUUCGCUCUGGAGCCUACAGUCGAAAACCUACCUUGCCCUACACUCCAGGCACCGACGUGGCUGGGGUCAUAGUAUCUGUCGGGGACAGCGUGUCUGCUUUCAAGAAAGGUGACCGGGUCUUCUGCUCCAACACAGUUUCUGGCGGCUAUGCAGAGUUUGCUCUUGCAGCGGAUCACACUGUCUACACCCUGCCCGAGACCCUGGACUUUAGGCAGGGGGCCGCACUUGGGAUCCCGUACUUCACAGCCUGCCGAGCUCUGUUCCACAGUGCCCGUGUGCAAGCUGGGGAAAGCGUCCUGGUUCACGGGGCCAGUGGAGGUGUUGGAUUAGCUACGUGCCAGAUUGCCAGAGCUCAUGGCUUAAAGGUUUUGGGCACAGCUGGUUCUGAGAAAGGAAAAAAGCUUGUUCUGCAAAACGGGGCUCAUGAAGUGUUUGAUCACAAAGAAGCCAAUUACAUUGAUAAAAUCAAGAAAUCUGUUGGUGACAAGGGGGUCGAUGUGGUUGUUGAGAUGCUGGCAAACGUAAACCUGAAUAAUGACUUGAAGCUUCUGUCCCGUGGAGGGCGGGUGAUUGUUGUUGGCUGUAGAGGUUCUAUUGAAAUGAACCCACGGGACACCAUGGCAAAGGAGACAAGUAUAAUUGGAGUUUCUCUCUUUUCAUCCACCAAGGAGGAAUUUCAACAGUUCGCAGGCAUCCUCCAAACAGGAAUGGAAAAAGGUUGGGUGAAACCAGUGAUAGGUUCUGAGUACCCCUUGGAGAAGGUCGUCCAGGCCCAUGAAGACAUCAUCCACAGCAGUGGGAAGACCGGAAAAAUGAUUCUUGUCUUAUGAGGACCAGCUCUUUCCAGGACGCCCUGUGUCCACGUGACACCUUCUUCUCCAAGUCUUUCUUAUGUCAACUUUAAUAAGCAUUCAUGCCAUUGAGUUCCAUGUAUUAAAAACAUGACUUUAGGGAGUAGACACAACGAAAUAGCAUCAUAGUGGAGAGCAGGGUAUCAUCUUAUGUGGUGUUGGCAUCAUCUUAAAACUUUUUGCUUCUCUCUGUUUUCUUUGUUUGAUUUGGUGUUUCACUUUUGUUUUUGAGCAGGAUCUUGCUCUGUAGUCCAUGCUGGCCUUGAACUCAUGGUGACCUGUCUGUCUCAGCCUUCCAAGUGCUGGGAUAAUAGUUAUGGAUGGCCAAACACAGCUUUAUUUCAGAACUUCUUCAUUCACUCCACGCCUUUGAAUAAAAUAUGCUAAUUCAAAGUAA